GGCAACAUUCAUCCACUUCGAGGGGGCGAGGAACGCCAGCUCGCAGCGGCGCGCCAUGGCGAUGCCUCCCCGCACGGGGGUUGUCUACGUGCUCGGCGCCGCGGAGCACUCUUCCGACGUCGGGGGCCCCCUCGCCGCCGCCGCGGGCGCGGCGCCGGCCUCGCCAGACUUCGUCGUCGCGCUGCAGAGCCCGGAGCAGAACGAGGCCGCCCCGCCUGUGGCCCGCGGGGAUUCCGCCGAGCCGAACGCCGAGGAGCCCCCUGCGGAUGUCGCCCCCUGCCUCGCCGCCGCGCGCGCGGCGCCGGCCUCCUCGUCGGGCGAGUCAACGGGGCGCAGCGGUGAUGCCCCGUCUGCGCCCGUUGACGGCGACGGCGGCUUCCCGUUGCCCAUGUCGCCGCAGACGCGCAACCGCCUCGUGCGCGAGCUGAAGCACAUCAACGAGAAGUUCCUGGGCCCGCCGGCGCGCGGCUACCGGGCGAACGCCGCUGGCACAGUGGUCAAGACGACGGGGGGGCUACUGGCAGUGCCGCCUGCGAGGCUGGAAGCGUGGUGGCGCAUGCGCUGGCAGGGGGGCGCCUCCGACGCGGGCGCGGCGGCGCCGAAACCCAGCCCGAAGAAGCCCAAGCCUGCGUCGCGGUCGGCGAAGUCCCGUCGGCGCAGGGCGUCUGCUCGCGACUGCAGCACUUGCAGCCUUUCCAACAUCGAUGCGUUCGACGAGAUCCUCGCGGAGUCUGCUGCCCCCUGCACGACGCUGACCCUGGUCGCCCUUGCGACUCGCCGUCGCGAUGCGCCUUCCCGCCGGAGCGGCGCGAGGGCGAGGGGGCGCGGCGCCGGCGUCGACGGUGGCGCGCCGAACGAGGAGAUGGCCGAUUCGGCGCGCGGAGACGCGCCUUCUGGAGGCGUGGAUGCGGCGUUCGAGCAGGCCCCGGUCAAGUCCGUCGCGGGCCCGAACGGGGGGGAGGCGGCCGCGUCGGCGCUCGCGGGCGCGUCCGCCAGAGGCAGGGGCGCGGCGCCCGACCUGGACAUGGCGGACUUCGUCGAGGAGCCGAAUCAGGACUUGGCGGCGUCGGCGCCCGGGGGCGCGCCCCCCCGAGGCGAGGGCGCGACGCUGAACCAGGGCUCGGCGGAGUCCGUCGAGGAGCCGAACCAGGGCUCGACGGCAUCGGCGCCCGGAGGCGCGUCCGCAGGGGGCGAGGAGGGCUCGCCCAGGCCAUCCCCGGCGGGUAUUUUCAACGAGCUGAGCAUGAGGAUGGCCGAGUCGGCGCUCGAGGGCAUGUCCGCGGGGGGGAACUGGGCGACCUUCGUGCGCAGCCUGGGCGAGAUCAUCCAGCAGGCCGGGGCCCUGGAGAAGCGCUAUGGGGCAAUUUCCUGUCGCUUGAUUGACCUGCUCCGGACAGUGCCCGACGUCGUCAGCGAGAGCAUCCCGGUUGAUUGGGCGGGCGCCCCCUGGUGUUCAGUCGGCGGCAUCGGCGCGCCGAUCGGCGAGAUGAACCUCGCCACCACGCCCCAGUACCAGCGCGUCCUGAAGGAGCGGCUGGAGCGCGCCGGGGGGCGUGACCUGGUCAUGGACGCAGAAGCCCGCAGGAGGGGCGAUUUCCCGGAGGAGUUGUCCGACUGCGAGAACCCGCGCCGGCCUUCGACGCGCCGCCGCUGCCGCAGGAGGGGUGCGAGCCAGGGGCUCCGGAGGCGCAGGUGCGCGCGGGGGGCCGCUGCGAUCGGCAUGGGCGGUUCAGACAAGCUGCCGCCGUUCUCCCACCUCGGGGCGGACUUCGACCACAUCGAACGCCCGCGCGCCCAGUGCGCUUUCACCGCGGCGCAGGUAGAGCUGCAUCACGCGUCCAGGCACAUGACUUGCGAUCAGUUCUUGCAGGAUAAGGACACCCUGGAGCAGAUGGCCGGCAGGAGGGCCGCGUUGCUGGCAUGGUUGAUGUGGGAGGAGGGCAGUUGGAGGUCCGAUUUCGGUGCCCGGGCGGAACGUUUCCUGGCGGCGAUGGGCCACCCGCUCUGGCAGCACGUGGAAGUUCAAAUGAUGCGCAGCACCGGCGAGCUGGAUGAGGAUGACAGGCCCGCGACUCCGGACCCCAUGCUGCCGGACGUCAGCAAGCCGGCGUGGGAGCGCAUUGUGCAGGAAUGGCGCUGGGCCAUGUCGCGAGACGUGGGCGCAGCGCCGGUGGGCGGAGCGACGCUCGCAGCGGCAGAGAGGCUCGGAGGUUGGCCGAGGGGGUCGGGCCCAGCCAUGCGUAGCGCCCGCGUGCUCUCCCAGGACGGCAAUUGCAUACCGCUAUCGUACGCCGUGCUGUCGGGCGACUUCCGCGGCGCCAUCCACUACUGCCAGCGGUUUCCCGCUCGUCUGAGAGCUGGCGGGGGAUCGGACUGCGAGAGCGAGCCGGGUCCAGUGGGCGCCGAGGCGAAGGAGGCGGAGGCGCCCGCCGUGGCACUGACGCAAGAGCUGAGCGGGCUUCUUCCUUCGGACUUGGAGAGCGAUUUCCCUGGCCAGGCCGGUGACGGCGCGGCCGCCGCGGGGGAGGGGGCGGCGUCUGCCGCGGCCCCGAGCGCGCCCGCCGCUCCGCCCAGCGGCCACGCCCGCCAAGCCGGCGCAGAAGCCCGGGAGGAGAAGCCGACCGCGCAUAGCCUGACGAAACAUCUCGACGAGCACUUCGGGAGACACGUCGGCGCGGCGAAGUGCGAGGUCAUCCUCCAGUACUUGGUGGACCUUGAUUUGAGCGUGGACGACAGCAUGCUCCUCCAGGCGGAAUGCGUGUACCUCUACUUCGAGUUUGAGGAGCGCAGCCUCUUGUACCGCGUCAGCCACGGCGCCUGGCACACGUGGGGCGAGCAGGGCUGGGCGCUGAAAGACGGCCCGAAUCGCGUUAUGGAGCACAUGCAGACGGGUUUCUUGAAGGCCGCGAGGGAGGUUCGGAAGCUUGCCAGGCAGCGGAAGUCCUUCCCGCCGAACGAGGACGACGAGGAGCACAUCCGCACGGCGUUCCUGGACAAGCUCGUCGCGGCGGUGGAGGGCAAGGGCACCGUGAAGGCGUUGAUGGACCUGUGCGCCAUCUUCUUCAUGCUGGACCCCGUGUUCGACACGAAUCCAGAUAUAUUUCAGUGCCGCAGCUGCGUGCUCGAUCCGGCGAAGAACUGUUUCAGGGAGUCUCGUCCGUCGGACAUGACCAACAGAAGUUCGUCCGUGGCGAUUCCGAAGGCGUGGUUGGAGGAUCCGCCCCAGGUCAUGCCGCAGUCGAUCCAGCAGAGAACCCUGGUCUGGAACUCGCUCUGGAGCAGCUGGCAGAGGGGCGAAGAAGGCGUUUUCCACCCGGGUGAACAUUAUGACGAGCUGGGGGACUGCGACCACGAGAGUUUCGAUUUCUUCAGAUACCUCGUGGCGCGGCUGCUGGGAGGCCGCCCGCUCCAGAAGGUGGCCAUGCCGUUCUCCGAGCGCAGGCGGAACAGCAAGGGGCUGUUGGAAAGGAUGUUGGAGAGCGUGUUCGGAAGCUACUACGCCCUCGUCAAGAACACGAUCUUCCUGGAAGGGGCACGCGUCGCGGCCACGAGCGAGCCGCCCGAGCAGCCGUGGAGUUAUUCAACGUUCAAGAACAAGGUCUCCCGCGACAAGGUUCCGCGCCGCGGCUGCAACGGCAAAGUCGUGGAGAAGCACUCGCCCACUUUCACGUUCUGGUUCUCGACGAACGCCGCGGUGCGCUUUGCCGCCCCCCCGAAGAACUCGGAGAAGGACCAGAUCUUGGUGCUGAGAAUGCUGAACAAGUUUGUGGACGAUGGCGAAAAGUUCACUUCGCCGAGGCAGUUCCGCAAGGAUCCCAAGAUCGAGGACCGGGCCACGACGAGGCAGAAAGUGAAGAACCUUGACGAGCUGGUGGACCAGGGAACCAAGACCAGUCGUUUCUGGGUGGAGAAGUGGUUCAGCACCGAGCAGAUGGACGAGGGCGAGCCGGGGGGGCCGUCCGCGCCAGUACCCGUCGAGGUACUCGAGCAAGCAGUGCAGACGUGCAAAGAGGACCACGCGAGGUGGUCAACGAAAGGGGCAGGUCGCGUCGUUCCCGAGUGGGAAAUCACAAAGGAGAGGUCCGAGGGCAGAAAGGGCGAGCGCUUCUUGGAAAUACAGAAAGUCAUCAGGAAUGCCGGAAGAGUCGGGGCGACGCUGGCGAGGGUGACCUCGUACCUCUCCCGAAAGAAGCAGCCCCAAAAGGCAGUCGAGCUGCUGCCGCUGGACGUCGCGCUGUACGACGCGAUCAUCUCCGACGCGGACGGGUGCCGGGCUUUCAUCACGGCGUGCGCGUCCGCGCGCCCCCCGACGCCUGCCCACACCUUUGCGUGCCGCGUGCACUCUGUCGUCCACGUGGAGAGCCUGGCCGUCGAGGCCGCGAGGAUCGCGGCCGACCCCGACGCCGAGCCGGAGGAGCACGCCAGGUGCGCAUCGUGGAUGCGGCGCGCAUGGGAGGAGGGGCAGGAGUUGAAGGUGGGCUCGUCGCGCUUCCAGUGGCUCGACGAGGAGCGCCGUCAGCUCGAAGGCGUCGGUCGAGCAUGCGCCCCCGCACCGAGUUGCCAAGCUGCUCGUCGCUCGGCGCGCGCGUCCAGCUGGGGGAAUUUGCCGGUCGCGGAGUGGGACUUGUGGGAGCUGCGCCAGGUCGCCCCGGCGGAGGACGUGAGGGAGAGCUUCGGGCAGAUCGCGAGGUGCGUCGCGUCGCCCGCUGUGUGGCGAGGGAAGAUCGCCGAGUACUGCGGCAUCAGCGUGGACCAGGCCAAGCAAUCGUUGAAUCGCUUGGUGCGUCCUCGAGGCAGGUGCCGCCUGGGCGACGAGUGGGAGCCGGGCGCCGGGGACAGGGGCUACCAUUUCUUGCCGUGCGUGCUGGACUCCGAGAACGCCGCGCUGGGAUUCCUGCUUGACUUCCAGUUCUACCACAACAUUCAGCCCGUGUGCCUCUGCUUCGACGCUACGGCGUCAGACGCGACGUUCGCCGCCGGCGGUGUCCGCAUCAAGUCUUCGCGCGCCUCCAAGGGGCAGUCCGCCCAGGACGACGCGUCGGCUAGCCUGGCGUUCUACCGGUUCGUCGGCAAGCGGUCUCCACAGGCCGCCAACGAGGCCGUCUACGCUCAGUGCUUGGCUGCAGGAAACAAUUGCGUUCCGUGGUCGUUCCUCGCCCUGUCCCAGCAUCUCGUGCACUCUCAGAAGUUCCUUGAGUUCGCUUUCUCUCCUGGCCCCCACAGCAACGCAGACGCGGCCGACGCGGCGCGGGAGUUCCACUCGCUGGAUUUAGUGGGCCACGUCGACCUGCAGUCCCUCGAGCCUGGCGGGUGCGUCCCCCCUGCUCGCGGAGAUCCUGGCCACGGCGACCGGCUGGUGAUCUCCUCCAACGAGCCGCCCGUGGUUCUCCUGCGGGGCGCGGGCGGCGCCCCAGAGCCCUGCGUCGUGGACCUGGCCACGCAGCGCUGCGACGUCGCCCGGGCUUCCCGCGGCCCUGCGACCGACGGGCGCGACGUUCGCUCGGACGAGCGUCUCCGCGAGAUGGCCGGCGCCGAUGGCGAGGGCGAGGCCCUGCCCCCCGCGGUCGACGACGAGGGCGAGGGCGCCCCAGGCGAGGGGGAAGACGACAAGAUGAAGGAGGGGGACCAGGCGUUCUGGGAGUCGCUGAAGAGGGAGUGUCGGGAGUAUCUGGACCUGUGGGAGGGCGGCGGCUCGCUGGAUGCCCGCGCGUGCAAGAAGUGCGCGUUCUGGGCGUUGGCGGAGAGAAGAAAUUUGGUGCACCACGUGAAGACCUAUCACACGGAUGAGAGGGUGCACUCGGCCUGCAGCAUGGACGCCCAGCUCAAGUUUGCCCGGGCGAUCUUCAAUCAGCGGCGGUCCAACGAGCUUCAGCUCGUCACGGUGUGGACACAGAGCGGGGCCGCGAUGAAAUUGAAGUGCCAGACUGGGGAUGCCCGGCGCCUGAGCGCCAAGGUGUAUUACACGGCCGGUUUCCAGGACCUGAUCACGUCAAUCGUCCUGCGCCGCAAGUUCCACCUCGCGACCGUCCUGCAGGACCUCGUGGCGCUCUGGGCGCCGGACAACUGGGCGACGUUGCUGUUCGGGAGGCAGGCCCAAGAGUCGAUCUGCGAGCUCGUGGAUCACAUCUUCACCUCCCCUGAGAGCGGCGUGGUUUCAAUGGCGAAGCAGGUCGUUGACGCGGCAGUGGCGAACGGGGAGUUCAAAUGCAUCAGUCACGACGCCACGUUCAAAGCCGCGUUUUCCAUCAUCGGGCAGACGCCCAUGUCGCAGAAGGCAGGCGAGGUUCACGCGCUCCACACUUUCGUGGCGCAGUCUGGGCUUUGUUUAGGAUGGACAGCGCUGUCAUGGCGAGUGCUGAAGCUGCACAAGAAGUUCCAGUGCCCCGCGCCGCCGGAGUGGGACAUUUUCCGCGGCGAGCACAAGCCCAUUUCCGAGUGGGACAAGGUUCGGCCAGGACGAGUGUUCACCGAUGCCCAGUGGGCGGCGUACAUCGAGAAGCCGUUCACCAGCGUGCGCGAAUACAUCGGGGAUCUGGAGGGGGUGUCAGUGCUGGUGCACCUUCAACGCGCGGGUUUGCACUUCUAUUACACGCAGAACGUGUCCGUGUUCAGGCGCCCGCACCCGGACGUGCUGAAGAGCACGAUGCGGAACGAGGCCAUCCAUCGCCAGGUGAAGGACUGGGGGCGCUGCGUGUAUCAGUGCCACCGGGAGCGCAUCGUCCUCGGGGGCAUGAUCUUCGGCAUCUACAAGGCGCUCGCGCACUCCUGCAAGCAGGGCACCAUG